AUGGCUCCUCCUUGGCAAUCGGAACUCCCGCUGGCUACUAAGGCGGAUCUGUUGGGCAUGGUGACUCUUAAGGCCUUCUUCACGGCAGAACUUACCGUGCUGAAAAACCUAGAGGUGACCGCGGACAGACUGCCGCAAUUCUUUAAGAAACUGUUUUCAGCCAUACUGCCACCAAAGCAGACCAAAGGCCUGACUACAGACGGCCUAUUCCGUAUACCAGAGGGCCUACACAACAAAACCGACACCGCAAGAGAUAUUAUCAUGCGUUUUAAAUCCCAACUAGACAAGGAGGGCUUCCUCAGUGCAACCAGGGGACAAACGCCGCUUACAUUUGAAGACCACUCCCUAAACUUCUACCAAGACCUGAACCACCAGACUCUGCAGUGGCGCGCAUCCCUGAAGGAAGUAACAAUGCAGCUGAAAGCAGCUGACAUCACAUAUAAAUGGGGAUACUUGAGAGCACUCAUCGCAGAACGAGACGGACACCGCCACCGACUGACCUCGACAGCGGAAGUGGCCCAGUUCCUGCACUUCCUGAGCAUUCACCCGGCCCCAAGCCCCAUGUCGAAUCCUGCACAUCGCUGGGAUGUUGCCAAGAUCACACCUUUCACUCCAGCAAGGCCCACAGCUCCAGAAUGA